UUUUACUUUGAGGAAAUAAAUUCUAUUUAUACUUCAGUCAUGGACGAAACACUGACUUAUACACAUCGUAGAUAUUUAGAUAUUUGUAUUAAAACCUUAAGAUGUAGCGGUAUUUGGCCACUUUUACCAUCAGUUAACAUUUUCUGGAAAAUUUUACAUUUUAUUUUCAGAAUUUUUAAUUAUGCAGCUAUGAUCAUUCAAAUAGCAGGUAUGAGUACUGUUGCCAUAGAUAAUAUGUCUGACUUAACAGUUGCUGGAGAAAUUGGAGGUUUUAUUAUUGGCUUUAUUAUGUGUCUAUUAAAAUUUUCUAAAUUUACGAUGUCUUACCAUGAAAUAAUGAAUCAUAUUGAUGAUGUAUUCAAUCCAAUAAAUAUAUUACAACAAUCAUCUGACCGGGGAAUAGUAAUGUGUGUUAUGAAUUGUGCAUUUAAAGAAGAAACAGAAAUCAAACUUCUUUACUUAUCAUCAUCAUGUCUUCCAUUAUUACUAUUAUUUUUUGGUUUUAACCAGAAAGUUGGAUUACCUUUUAAAACUUAUUAUAUAAUAAACACAGCUAUCUCACCAAAUCAUGAAUUGGCAGUUAUUUUUCAAUCGUAUUUAGCAGCGUAUUGCAUAACACUUGUGAUUGCUUCUGAUAUGUUGAUCAUUUCAUUUAUUAGAUGGUCAACAAUGCAAUUUGCAGCUUUAACAUCAAAUUACCAAAAUUGUAACAGCAAAUUUGUAAAACGAGCUACUUUAGUAUCACCGAAAGAAACUUUUGAUAUUUUAAAUAAAUUUAAAGCUAUGAAAAUAACUGAUGAAGAUAUGGAAAUUCAUAGAUUUUUAUUAUUUGACGAAAAUGAACUUGAGGAAAAUGUUAAUGAUAGUUUUAGUUCGAGAUUUAUAACCUGUAUUAAAAAUCAUCAAAGACUUAUGAAAGUUAUUCAAGACCUGAAUGCAACAUUUAGUACAUAUAUGUUACUUCAGUUUGCAACGAGUUUAACUAUUAUCUGUCUUAAUGGUUUUCAAUUGGUUUUAAACUUGAAUAAUGAUAAAAAUUUUAUGCAAUCUUUUUUCUUUUAUGCUAUAUUCAUGGCAGGUAUGCUUCAAGAAUUAUUUGUUUUUUGCUGGUUCGGUAACGAAUUUACUUGGAUGACGAAUAGUUUAUCUUAUAAUCAAUGGCUGUCUGGUUGGGAAUAUGUCAACGAUGAAAAUACUAAUUGUAAUCAUAAUAGUAACAAUAAUAAAUUGAGUAAUCUUAUAACGAUUUCUAUGAUUCAAACAAUCCGACCAUUGGAAUUCAAAGCAGUUGGUCUCUUUACUUUAUCUAUGCCGACAUUUCUCUCUGUCGUUAAAAGUUCAUAUUCCGCUUUAGCUCUUUUAAUUACCGUAAUGAAUAAAACAUAGUAUCAAAUUGUUUGUCUCAAAUGGAUAUAAAUAAAUUAUGUAGUAAAUGCCUUAAAAAAAAUGUAUUGUGUCA